GCAGACUUCCGGUCUCCGGUGGACCUGUUACUGAGCCUGUUCAUCAGGCCACCACGUUGUCGAUAUUCUCCGAACAAACUUGGGCCAAGAACUUUCAAGAUCUCUGACAAGGGGCAUGGUCACCGAGAGGAUUUUGUUCUUCACAAUCCUCGAGGACAGGCGUUGCAGUGCUCCCUAUUUGAGCCCAUUCCAGAACCCGGGGUGCCAUCUCAGGAGAAUUGGUCCGUCGAGCGACCUUGUGUCAUUUAUUUGCAUGGCAAUUCCUCCUGCCGUUUGGAAGCCUUAGCCUUGCUACCGCUUCUGCUGCCCCUGAGGAUCACUCUUUUUUGCUGUGAUUUUGCUGGUUCUGGACUCUCAGAGGGCGAAUUUGUCUCUUUGGGAUGGUUCGAACGUGAUGAUUUGGCCACCUGCAUCCAGCACCUUCGUUCCGUGCGAAACGUGGCGCGCAUCGCUUUGUGGGGUCGAUCCAUGGGAGCGGUCACAGCGCUUCUUCAUGCUGAUCGAGAUCCUUCCAUCGCUGGCUUGGUGCUGGACAGUCCGUUUGUGUCUCUCAAAGAACUUGCAAUGGAGCUGGCCAGCAGAAGGGCAAUGAUGCCAUCGUGGGCAACACGUGCAGUGUUGUCAGCAGCUCGUUCUGCUAUCCGUGCACGCGCAGGGUUUGACUUUGAGGACCUUGAUGGCAUGCAACAUGUUAGCCAAUCCUUCAUGCCCGCUCUGUUUGUCGCAGCCAGUGGUGACGACUUCAUCAGCCCUAGCCACGCUGAGCGUUUAUUUGAUGCGUACCAAGGGGAGAAGGAGCUUUACAUCACAGAGGGUGACCACCACUCAUCCCGCUCGCUGACAUGUAGGCAGAAGGCGACACUGUUCCUCUGCAGAAGCUUCCAUUCACCGCGUUUGGAUGCACUUCUACGGAUCCAUGCAGGUGGUGCGGUUGACAUCUUUGGCGUUCCGAUCGUGCCAGACUGGCAGAAAUCUGGAGGCUCUGAGGACCUUGACUUUGAAGGCUCUGAGAUUUGCAGACAGAUGCGCAUGGUGCCUGCCCUUUGUGAGAUGAAGUUGGCUGCGGGAAGACGUUGCCAACGUCCUCUCCUGCUGACAGCCACGAUGAAGUUGCCUGAGAAAGCGGAGGCUGGCUUCUUUCUCCGCUUCGUUCCGGCAGACGUGCUAGCGGGAGAAACAGAGGAAAUUGGUCAGCCGUGCUGCUUCGUGCUGUCCUGCACGCAAGAGCUUUGCAUGGCAACGGAGUUGCAACUAAUAUAUAUCCUCCUCCUCAGAACCCCAGGCUCCAUAGAAACCGCCACUUCGGAUUUGAGCUGA